AUGCCUCAACACAGUGUAAUAACAGUUAUUGGCUCUCGAUUCUACAAAUAUGGAUUCCAAAGUGAAUUCCAAGGAAACAUUACAGAGUACUUCAUGUAUUCCGAUAAUCCGUCUCCUUUAGAUAUGGUCGGGCAUGGAAGCCAUAUAGCGAGCAGGGCAGCCAGGUCUUUCAUGGCCAACGCCACCUACUUCGGCCACAAUUUCGGCACAUUCAGAGGCGGUGCCCCACGUGCUCGAUUAGCAAUAUACAAGGGACAAAGUUCAAUGACAAGAGAUGGGAUUGGUUUCAAAGAUUUAACUUUUCUAGGGGCAUUCUACAGGCGCAACUGCCAUGAUUGUGGCAGUGCCCCUGAUGAUAUUACAAUAUUCGCUUUCUAUACGAGCAAUAACUCGGUAGCUGGAAUUCCAGUCAUUCAAAUAGACUAUGAAACUGGAACUGAAAUUAUGAAUUAUUGUUUGACGAGUGAUGCCACUCCUAUGGUGAAGUUGAGCUCAACAAAAGUUCUUUUGGGCAAGCCAGGGGCUCCUAGGGUUGCUUCUUAUUCAUCAAGAGAGCCUAACUCUUAUGUUCCAUCAGUACUCAAGCCUGAUAUAGCGGCACCAGGAACAUCAAUUCUAGCAGUUAAUGCAUAUUCUAAUUUUAUGAUGCACAAUACAUAUAGUCUUAGCAGUGGAACGUCAAAUGCAACGCCUCAUGUUGCAGGCAUUGUGGCUCUUCUGAGAGCAGUGCAUCCUGAUUGGUCUCCUGCAGCAAUCAAAUCUGCCCUCGUAACAACAGCAUGGAACACAGACACAUAUGACUAUCCCAUCUUUGCUGAGAGUAAUCCGAGAAAACUGGCAGAUGCUUUCGACUAUGGGGGUGGUAUUGCAAAUCCGAAUGGUGCUGCACACCCGGCAGACGAUCCAGAAAUUCAGAAUGUUACAGGGAUACGCGGGAUGUGCCCUAAACCUAUAAUGUCCGUUUUAGAUCUAAACCUACCUUCCAUUACUAUCCCAAAUCUCAGAGAGUCAGUUACUGUGAAAAGAACUGUCACAAACGUUGGACUACCUGCGAAGGCUGUGUAUAAUUCUGUGAUCAAAACUCCAUUGGUUACAAAGGUGUCAGUUAAGCCUAAAGUGUUGUCCUUCAAUUAUGGGAUUAAGAAGAUCACCUUCCAAGUGACUAUCAAGUUGACGAAGAAGUACAAUCUUGGGUACACAUUUGGAAGCUUGACAUGGACUGAUGGCAAGCAUUCUAUUAGAAGUCCCAUAUCUGUGAAAACAGAGAUAGUUCCUUUGUACUAA